AUGGACAUGGUGGCCAUCCGUUAUUCGGUGUCCGGUGUGGAAAAGACAACGCUAAUUCUGCUCUGUGAGGAUGGUAGUCUGCGCAUUUAUGCAGCUCACCCGGAGAACACCGGUUACUGGUUGUCGCCGGAGAUUCAACCAAUUGGACACCAAUUCCAAACAGGAGCCUGUUCAAAAUCUCGCAAGUCGAAAAAAUCCAGUAAGCAGAGUAGUGGCGGCCAAGUGACGGGUAAGAUCGGCAGCGGAUCAGCCCCGACUUCCCGAUCGAUUUCUUCGAACAUUGCGAAAGUGCAACAAACCGGAUCUCAUGGAAUCACUGUCGGUGCUAAUGGGUCGAUUCAGUCUCCCGGAACUCGAAAAACUGCACCAAGGUCAUCGUUCCAGACACCAACACGAGAGAUAGCAACAGGCGCGUCAUUCCCGGUACCCGGUGUGCAGCAACAAGUUGGAUUCGACAAACUGACACAUCAGAAGACAACAUCACGACAAAUAAUCCAAGCACCAGGCACGUACGACAUUCGCGAGACUGAUCCAGGUCUUUCGUUCCAAACAUUGUGUACCACACCAUCCUCGUUUAUAGCGCCUACAAUGAUACAUCAGGGACCAGCUCCAGAAGUUGUACCAAAUCUACAAGAGCUAUCUGAUCAGUACAAAACUGAAAGGAUGCCAACAAAUGAAAUGAUGUAUGCACCAUCUUCUCCGAAAGAUCCAGCCUUAGGUCAUCAGUCUACUUAUCAGCAACCUAUAUUUGUUAAUGAUGAUGGCAUAAUGUACAUCACUCAAACAGACGACUCCGCCAACGCUGGCAAUCUGUCGCUCCUUCCUUUUGAUGAUUUCAAAUGUGAAGUCGAAGCCCUCAGAUCUGAAAUGGCUAAUUUGAAGACUGAAUUCCACAAUAUGAAGCAGGAAUUCAAAGAGACUAUCUCGAAUUCAAUUCGCCAAGCCGUGACAGAUUGCUUCGAAAGCAAUUUCAUUCGAUUGGCUGCCAUGAUGGACAUGUCUAAAAAAAUCGAUGAGCCUGUGAUGCAAACAGGGCAAACCGUCGAGGAGCAUGUACCUAUCAAUGACGCAGAUAAUUUAACUAAAUUUAACAUACUAUUGGCAAAUGAGGAUGUACGCAAACAAUAUAUUGCCUACUACACGAAAAUUGUUAUCCCAGACACGUACAUUGGAAGAGGAGAUUCGGCUUUUUAUAUAAUAGCAGAUUGCCUAUUUACGCGAGCGUUCUGGGACACAUUUACCUGGACGGGAAUCAACCGUGGCAACAAAUCCAAAAAGGGGUUUCGCGAAUUUGCCAACGUUCUUCAAUUACUCCUGGCAAUUGUACGUAUUGGUGAUCCAACGUACACAUUACGAAAUCUGGAAACAUUUUGCAAAACUCGACUCUUCCGUUACUCGAAGGCAAGGUCUAUCAGUAAGCAGCUACGGAAAUCGGCUUGUCGUCCGAAUCGGAAAAAGAAACACGACGGAAAUGCGGAUAUUCCCAUUGAAUGCGAGCUUGGAGCAGGUGCUACAGAUGAUGAGGUCGAUGAACCCGCAGCCGAAACUUUGGAAAAUGCCGAUGAUGAUGCUUCACAUGCAGACAGUUCUAUUGAGGGAAAUGAACGUGAGCCAAACGCUGAUGAUACAAGAGAAGCUGAUGACGUCGAUGCAACCACUGAUUCCUGUGACGACGACGUACCCGAAGUGAGCACGCUGUUCGAUUCCGAUGAUAAUGCUUCACCAGAUUUUGCCGGAUUUGAGGAAAAUUAAAUUCAAUAAUUUGGUUUUCAUACGAUUGCUUUGCUGUAUUUCCGAAUUCCAUGAUUCCAUGAAUUGCAAUAAACAUUG